UCUAUUGAAGACAUGUUAUCAUUGCUUCUCUCCAUUUGUCAAUCAGAACUGUGUAUUCUUGCAAUUAUACUCAUGCCACCAGUUAUCCAAUUGAUCGUAUAUUAUCUGAGCUGUGUUGUCGCACUUUUGUGUCUCUCCUCGCAUCAGCAAAUCCUCUCAUCAAGUUUGCAGAUGCAUUGCAAUGAGUCAGUUCCUUUCUCCGCACGCAAGGCAAGUCUCCCAGUGCGUGGACACGCCGGAGAGGGUGAACUUCCUCGUCAGCAACUGUGGUGUGAAUGGUGCCAGGGGAAAAAAUGUGCUGGGCCGCGGUGGCUUCGGGAUUGUGCUGAAGGCUACGUACAGAGGCACACGUGUGGCAGUCAAAGUAGUUGACUUGCAUCAUCAGCACUGUCGUGAAUCGCUGGAAAAUGAGGGAAAUAUUCUCGGCUGGAAGCAUUCCAACAUCAUUCAAAUACUGAAGAUCACAUCAGGCGAACAUCAUGGGCUUGUGAUUAUGGAGAGAGUUUCCGGAGAUAAUCUCCAGUCCAUCCUGAAUACUGUGUGCAUAGGAAGGCGAUCAGCUCUUGAAAUCCUUUGUCAAGUAGCAUCAGGACUGAUUUAUUGCCACUGUCGAGGCAUCAUUCAUGGUGAUCUCAAGCCUCAGAACAUUCUCAUCACCAUAACGGAUGAUAAGAAUGGUUUUCUAGUGAAAUUAUGUGAUUUCGGGAGUUCCUUUGCAAUCAAUGAGCACACAAAAGGCAAUGAAUGUCGGGGAACCAUCAGAUAUAUGGCUCCGGAAGCUCUCAAAGCUGGUUCUCUAAGUCCCAAAAUAGAUAUUUACAGCUUUGGAGUGACUAUGUGGCAGAUUAAGUGUCGAAAAGUGCCUUAUGAAGAAAUUCACAACAACCACACCAUCGCAUAUCGUGUAGUCAGAGAAGGAUUAAGACCGGAUAUUUGUCAGGAAAUUUCCCGCAGGAUCCCCAAAAUCUUCCUCAAUAGCGGCAGUCUAAAGACAGACUAUUCAGUCUCUCCACGAAAGAUUAAAAGUGAGAGUUUAAACAUAAAUACAGAAAACUCGCAGGAAAACCUUUCUAGGUCAUUAAAUGCUCUUCUCAAGGAAGCUAAAAUUGAGAACCACGUAAAAAGUCCUGUACUUAAAAAGAAAAUCCCGUGGAGAAAGAUCUUAACAUCUAAGAAGUGGAUAGAAAACGAGGAACUGGCGUCGAAUUAUCGUGAUUUAUUCACAAUUUGCUGGCAUGAAGAUCCUAAAUGUCGUCCUGAAGCCUCAGAACUUUUAUCUCAACUUCAGAAAUUUGCAUCCAAAACCACUGACAAUGUUUUCACUCUAUAUCCUUAAAAAUAAA